CUUUCUGACUUAGGUCGCAGGUCGUUUUACCAUGUCUGGACGUGGCAAGCAGGGAGGCAAGGCUCGCGCCAAGGCCAAAACUCGCUCCUCUAGAGCCGGGCUCCAGUUUCCCGUGGGGCGAGUGCACCGCCUGCUCCGCAAGGGCAACUAUGCUGAGCGGGUCGGGGCCGGCGCUCCGGUUUACCUAGCUGCUGUGCUAGAGUAUCUGACAGCCGAGAUCCUGGAGCUGGCGGGCAACGCAGCCCGCGACAACAAAAAGACCCGGAUCAUCCCGCGCCACUUGCAGCUGGCCAUCCGCAACGACGAGGAGCUCAACAAGCUGCUUGGUAAAGUUACUAUCGCUCAGGGCGGUGUUCUGCCUAACAUCCAGGCCGUGUUGCUUCCCAAGAAGACUGAGAGCCACCACAAAGCUAAGGGCAAGUAAGGACUGGACUUUAAAAAUGUAAACUUAUAAGACCAAAGGCUCUUUUCAGAGCCACCCACCAUUUCUACGGAAGGACUGAGCACUCUGUUCUCCAAACCUAUCAGAAAUUUGUGGCCGAGUUCAAGCACUGAGGUCAUUAGUUUCCUGUUGGGUAAAAUAAAGGUAUUGAAUCAGGCCUAGU